AUGAUAUUCGAGGUGCCAGUUGACCAUUUUCCGAUCGUCGCCAGCGUUAAAGCCGACCGGCGGCGACCCCACAAUUUACGGUCCUCGGCUCAUUCUCAACCCUCGAUGGAGCCUCUCAGUGCUGCUGGUUCGUUUUUUAAUUCAUUUUUAAAGGCUUUCUGGUAUUUUUGUGAUUUUUCCGUGUAGACAUGUUCUGAUUGAAGCUAUUCCAUCAUUUUUCUUUCAAUUAUUGAUUCCAAGAUCUUUAUUAAAUAUAUGAUUCUCUAGUAGAAUAAGAAAGAAUGUUGAAACUUAACGUUGCCUGCAUUUCAAUUCGACACGUUUUUUUUUUUUCAAUUUAUGCUUUCUGUCAUUUCUUUCUCACUUUUAAGACCGUGAGUCCAUUAUUUAUUGACCAAUUAUUUAAGAAUUUUCUUUUUUGUAUGAAAGAUGUGUUAUUAAUUAUUUUUAACUCAGAAAAAAAUUAAUUUUUUUAAAAAGGAUGAAACCGAUUACUACUUCAAAUUAAAACUUCUAAGUUGGCUCAAAAAUCAACAUUUCCAUAGUCAAAAUGUUUUUUUCUUUGAUCUGAUUCUUUUUCAAACAGGGAAUCGAUUUUUGAUCGAUUUUUUCUGAUCCGAUUGAAGAAUUUUAACUCUCAUUUUCAAUUGUAUGCAUCCGCUUCUCAAUGAAACGUAGGAAAAAUUUUUUUUUAAAGCCGUUUUUUUUUUGGUAGAGCAAAUAACUGAAUUUUUGAGUAUUUGUCGACUUUUUAAAAUUCAGAACAGAUACUUGACCUUAACCAAUGUUUCUUGCUCUUUAUAGAAAAAUGAAACAGAUUGAUCAAUAUUAAAUAAAUUUACCUUUUUUUGCUAUCCAAAAAAAAAAAAUGGAAUAGCUUCCAGAACAUCAUUGAAACGGGAACCUUUCUUGAACUCUACUCUAUUUCCGUAAUUUUCAGCCGAACGAACGCAAUUCUCGUUCCCCUCCGUGGCUGAGAAGCUGCCGACGUCGAUGCGGGCCAACAUUCCGCAGCUGAAGCGAGCCUUCACGUCGCCGACGAUCCCGGCGACGCAUCUGAGACAAGCGGCGGCCAUCGUCGCCGCAGCCGCCGUGACUCCUUCCUCCUCCGGCUCGAGGACAAGCUCCGUCAGUGACCUCCUCAAAAUCCCGUCAAGGAUACUCUCCUCGGCGGUCUCAUUACAUCAACUCGCUUGA